UGAUCAUUCGCAUUGUUCCAGACUCCGAACCUGCAACCUGUAAAGGGGGUAUCAGUGCAACAGUGCACUUGGAAAUCAUCUUAUGCUAUCAAGACACCGGCAUCGCGAGCCAAACCAGUCCUAACCACCUCUUUCCCUCGGAGCCUCGACGGCAUCGCCUACAGAUGGACGCAGCACCACUGACUCUGGCGCAUACUCACGCUCGGAAUGCUGCUCUCGAACACAAACGCAACAACGCCGUGGCGGCGAGCGAAGAAUAUGAUUUGGCUGCGGCGGAAUUCGCUGCUGCGGCUCGAGAGUCGACGGAUCUAGAGGCCCGUCGACUUCUUUCGUUGAUGGAAGCGCAGCACAAAAAGCUGGGAGAGAUACUACGAACAAGUCAUGAAAGAAGCCAGAAGCCGCUUGGCGCAGGGCCUUCAAGACCGGCCGCCGCUACGGAUACAGGAUCGGUCACCACCACCGCCUCCUCAGAAACGGCCCGACCUCCUUCCCCCGAAAAUGCCAUACAACCUCCUAGACUGCCGAGAGGCCUGAGACCAAAUGCGAGAGAUCUGUCUUCGUCGAUAGCAAGCAAUCUUGCCUCGGCGCGAGGGAUACCCAGCACCCGCCAGAAACGACCGACGCCCAUAUCACCAUUGGUUUCGGCGCAAAACGCCGACGGACAAAUCGCUCAAGAGGAGACGAGGGCGCGGACGAUAUCGAAACAAGACUCAAGUCCGACUACAAGCGACCCUGCGUCACGCCCGCCGUGGGCGCCACCGAUACAGCCAGAAGCCACAAACACUCCCAAAGAAGAAGUCGACCAGCAUGCCGCCGACGCCCCCUUCCAACAAUUCUACUCGACAUUCGAAUCUCUGAUAUCCAAACUCAGUGCGCCGCUGGCCUUUGCCGGUCUCCCACUCACGUCGUCCUCUCCUACUCCUGCCCCCAAGGCCGCCGCCAACAACGCACCCCCGGUGGCACAGGCUUCGCCCAAGACGCCAUCCCGUUCCACCCCGGCUGCUCCGGCCAUGGACUAUUCUCAACUCAUAUCCCGUGCUGCCUUGCGCGCCGUCUCCGGCGCGCCAUCCGCCAACAACCCGAGCGAGUCCUUCUACGUCGUCCCCACCACCGGAGGGACAAUCUCCUACGCCGAGAUAAUGAACCGCGCCGAACGCGAAGAGGGCCGUGUGCUGCGCCACCACUCCCACUCUCGGCAGCCGAGCACGCUCUCCAACAUCAGCGAGGACGACUUUGUCGACGCGCAAAGCACCAUUCUCCCCGCGACCGCCGGGGGCCCACCGAGUCGCUUCGCGCGCCACCACCGCGGUGCCGGCCUCGAGGCCAAGGUCGACGGCAAGACCAUGGAGGAACUGGCGCUCGAGAACCAGGCGCUGAAACACCUGUCCGACACGCUGUCCAGGCGGCUGCACGUGUUCGAGAUGUCCAGCCAGACCGCCAGCGCCGCCAUGGCUCAGAGCAUACGCAGCCUCCACGUCGUCGGACGGAACAGUCCGUUGAUGAGUCCCGAGAACUCUCGAGGUGGCCGCGCGAGCGGGAAGGGAGGGGGAGGAGGCGAGGCGGACGAUGCGUUGGCCAAGAGAAUCACGGAUCUGGAAGAGAUCUUGAGGAGGAGCGAUGCCCGCGCCAGGAAAAAGGACGACGAGAACGCCAAGCUCAAGGAGACCAUCACAAAGUAUCGGGAGAAGUGGGACAGUCUGAAGGCCGGGGCGAAGGCGAGGAGGGAACGGGAGAGGGAAACAACCAGAGGAACAGGCACGGCGACGAAAUCCGACGAGAAAUCUCAGGAUGCCGCCGGAGGAACCUCUUCGGACGCCAACCGUUGAAACACCCACCUCACCUAGUUUCCGGUCAAGUUCGUUUUGAAAGAAAAAACAGACUCUUGCUUACUUGCUCACUUGCUGCCUCGGCUGCGUUGAGGAAUUCCCCAAGUUGUGAGAUGUGUGUGUUAGUAGGUGUCCCUUAUUUUAUUUUUUUUUAGAUACCCUCCCUGUGUUAGGAGUUAGGUGUUCAACGACCAGGGCUCCUUCCAGAUUCCAGAGUCGAUAACCAAUGCAAUGAUG